UUAGCGUUGAGCCUAGAAGGCGAACCCGAACGUUAAAACCGCCUCGCUUCGUUCUUUCUUUGUUUCUGAGUUAUAAAUAAAGAGCUUGCGUUUCCCGGCGAGUAUGCAACGAAGCAAAAGUCGCAAAAGUGCGAAACCCAAGCCAAAAGCUUUCGUCUUUCUCGUGGGUUCAAUUUCUCAGCUUUGGAAGUUCUCGCUUGGGCUCUGCUGAAGAAGAAGAAGAAAAGCAAUACACUUGACGCUGUUUUUUUCUUUUCUUUUGGGGCUGUGUUUGGAUUAAAUGGUGUUUACGUGUUCUGGGGAAGGAGAGAGCAUGGCCAUGGGACCCGAGAGAUCGAAACCUCUUCACAAUUUCAUGUUGCCCUGUUUGAAGUGGGGGAGUCAGCGCCACCUCCGCUGCACCAAACUCGCCUCUGACUCCUCCACUGACACCGGAGAUCGCCGAUCUCCGGCGCCGCGGGAAUUCGACCCCCCACCUCCGGUAAAUGCCGACUCGCGACUGCGUCUCAAGCGGCCGCGAUUCCUCGGCGACGAGGGGAUCGACGCCGUCAGGGAGAAGCUCAUGCUCGAUCUCAAAACCGAGGCCGAUAGGAUGAAGGACGCGAUUCUCGGCAAGGAGGUCGCCGAGGACAAUGAUGUUAUCAUCGAGGACGCGCCGCCCGUGACGGUGGCGGUUGAAGAGGAGGCGCAGCCGUCGGCCACCGGAGUGAGGACGUGGAAUCUGCGGACGCGGCGGGCUCCCGUUACGGUCAGGAUUGACGAGAGGAAGGCCGGGGUAGGGACGUCGUUUUCGCCGUUGAGGAGUGUCUCCGGCGCCGGAAAAUCGCCGAAAUUAAGAGGGUCGCCGGAGAAAGAGGAGCGACCACUGAAGUUUUCUCUGACGCUGACGAAGAAGGAGAUUGAGGAGGAUUUCAUGAAUUUGGUGGGCCACCGGCCUCCCCGCCGGCCCAAGAAGCGACCCAGAAACGCUCAGAAACAAUUGGAUACCCUUUUUCCUGGUCAGUGGUUGUCGGAGGUUAGUGCUGAUUGCUACAAGGUUCCUGAUGAAGCCGAGACUGGCAAGAGGUAGCAUUGAGGUUGGCGAAAGGUAUUUUGAUGUUGGCUGCGGAGGAUGCAUAUGAGGCUGAUGGGGGAUUUAAUGGAUGGAUGGAAUUGGUGGUGUUUCCCAGGAGCAGUUGAUGCUUGCCUUUGUUGAUUUCAAUGUUGCUUUUCUACUUCAGAAAUAUAGUUUCAUUCUUUUGUUUAUAGAAUAAUACUCUGAACAGUGAUGAUUGUUCCAAAUCACAUAUGGUUUACUACUUUACUUUUGAGGCUGUAUGUAGCUUCAAGGAUGAAGUUAUAUUGUUGGAACUUUAAACUUUAAUUUGAAAUUAUAGAUUAUGGAGCUUAUAUUUUCUGA